GCGCGCCCGCCCGCAGCCCGGGGCACACACCCGCACGCACGCUACCCCGGCAUACACACACACACACACACACACACACACACACACACUCCCGCACUCCCACGCCCGCACCCCCACACACCGAGCCCGUGGCCGAACCACGCCACGCGUGCCUAGGCAGCCCGCCGGCAUCCCCCGCCGCUCCCACCGCCCCCGGGCCCCGAUGGACUGAAUGAAGGCUGCCUACACCGCCUAUCGAUGCCUCACCAAAGACCUAGAAGGCUGCGCCAUGAACCCGGAGCUGACAAUGGAAAGUCUGGGCACUUUGCACGGGCCGGUCGGCGGCGGCAGCGGCGGGGGCGGCGGCGGGGGCGGCGGGGGCGGGGGCGGGGGCCCGGGCCAUGAGCCGGAGCUGCUGGCUAGCCCCAGCCCCCACCACGCGGGCCGUGGUGCUGCCGGCUCGCUGCGCGGCCCGCCGCCGCCAACCGCGCAUCAGGAGCUGGGCACCGCAGCGGCGGCGGCAGCCGCGGCGUCGCGCUCGGCCAUGGUCACCAGUAUGGCCUCGAUCCUGGACGGCAGCGACUACCGGCCCGAGCUCUCCAUCCCGCUCCACCACGCCAUGAGUAUGUCCUGCGACUCGUCCCCGCCAGGCAUGGGCAUGAGCAACACCUACACUACGCUGACGCCGCUCCAGCCGCUGCCACCCAUCUCUACGGUCUCAGACAAGUUCCACCACCCGCACCCUCACCACCACCCUCACCACCACCAUCACCACCACCAUCACCAUCAGCGUCUGUCCGGCAACGUCAGUGGCAGCUUCACUCUCAUGCGGGACGAGCGCGGGCUUCCGUCCAUGAACAACCUUUACAGCCCUUACAAGGAGAUGCCUAGUAUGAGCCAGAGCCUGUCUCCGCUGGCUGCCACGCCGCUGGGCAACGGGCUGGGUGGCCUUCACAAUGCUCAGCAGAGCCUGCCCAACUACGGUCCGCCGGGCCACGACAAAAUGCUCAGCCCCAAUUUCGACGCGCACCACACUGCCAUGCUGACCCGCGGUGAGCAACACCUGUCCCGAGGCCUAGGCACCCCACCUGCGGCCAUGAUGUCUCACCUCAACGGCUUACACCACCCUGGCCACACGCAGUCCCACGGGCCAGUGCUGGCUCCUAGCCGCGAGCGGCCCCCUUCAUCCUCCUCGGGUUCUCAGGUGGCCACGUCGGGGCAACUGGAAGAGAUCAACACCAAAGAGGUGGCCCAGCGUAUCACCGCCGAGCUGAAGCGCUAUAGCAUCCCGCAGGCGAUCUUCGCACAGAGGGUUCUAUGCCGGUCUCAGGGGACUCUCUCCGACCUGCUCCGGAAUCCCAAACCCUGGAGUAAACUCAAAUCUGGCAGGGAGACCUUCCGCAGGAUGUGGAAGUGGCUGCAGGAGCCCGAGUUCCAGCGCAUGUCUGCCUUACGCCUGGCAGCAUGCAAACGCAAAGAACAAGAACCAAACAAAGACAGGAACAACUCCCAGAAGAAAUCCCGCCUGGUGUUCACGGACCUCCAACGCCGAACACUCUUUGCCAUCUUCAAGGAGAAUAAGCGCCCUUCCAAGGAAAUGCAGAUUACCAUUUCCCAGCAACUCGGGCUGGAGCUGACCACUGUCAGUAACUUCUUCAUGAAUGCCCGGCGCCGCAGCCUGGAGAAAUGGCAAGAUGACCUAGGCACAGGGGGUUCUUCAUCCACUUCCAGCACUUGUACCAAAGCAUGAUGCAAGGACUCUCACCUGGGCACAAGUCAUCUCCAAAUGAGGACAACACAUACCAAAAACCAAAACCAAAACCAAACCAAACCAAAAAAAAAAAAAAAAAUCACAAAGACAUCCGAUUCUUAGCUGGGGCCCUUCACUGGUGACUUGAAAGCACAAUUCUCUUGAAACUUCUAAUCUAGCUGUAAUCAUAGGCCAGGUGUCCAUUUUCUUUUGUUUCAUUUUAAGUGGCUACAGAGUCCAAGUGCACGCUGAAAGUUAAUCUCUUUGGACCAGACACUAUCCUCUGAGUAUGCUAAGCAUCCCAGAGAUCUAAAUGGGGCCUUCUUGGAGUGAGUUAAUUACAGCACAGUGUCAACCAAGCUCAGUGUAGCUGUAAGCAUCAAUCAGCCUAUUCAGGCCCAGUCAACCUCUUGCUAACAUUAGUUUCCCAUGAGUCAUAAUGGGUACUUGGCCUGAGUACAGACAUAGUUUAGGAUUCCAAAAUACUACGUUAAGAGAAGAAUUUAACAAGAAAGGCCUCAUUUGCUCCCCAAGUGCUUAGCCUCUUUAUAUCACAGUACAUUAAAAUUCUCAGCCAUAACAUUACAAAAAAAAAAUCAGAAUGGUAAUUACUGAGCACAAGUUUUAAAUAUGGAAUUCAAUAAAAAAAAAAAAACAAGGACAUGUUUUUCCAACUCAGGCAUCUUUUCACUAGAUAGUUUAGAAAGCUUUGAUUUCAAUUUACAAUUUUUCAUUUCCUUACCUCCUGGAAAUCUCAUGUGGUCUUCUGGAUCCGUCAAAAAAAAAAAAAUGUCAAUUCACUUGAGCUCAAAGUAUCAAGCACAACGAAGAUAAACAGAAAUAAGGAAGGUUCUGGCUUCAAUGCAUCCAGUUUGACAAGGCGGUUUACAUCAGUCUUUAUUGUUGUGAAGUCAUUAGGGAAUUAUUGGGAAUAUGGCUUCAAGCACAUUUUGCAGUUUGUUACAAAUUCUGUUUGUACAUAACGCAGAUGCACACUCAGGAGGCCAAUUUAACUGUUACAGUACAGGAGCAAAUGCAUCAUUUAAAAAGAUCUAGAUUUUUUUAGAUCAUAACUGUGCCCUUGAUUUACUAAUCACCCAAUUCCUCCUAUGUGCAUUACGACUGUGGUUCAUUCUCGUUCUUGCUGAUUCAUGUUGUUCCCUAUUCCAUCCCAUUAGUUGGGAUGUCUCUAUUGUUUUCUACAAAAAAACAGUUUAAUAAGCCACUUCCUGUCAUCUCUUCCUAACUCUCUUCCAUUGCUGAUUCAUCCUUGUAAAACAGCCAACAGAAUCUGGAGAGAACACAGCACACCAAAGAAGCAGAAUUACUGCAAACCAAAGACCUUUGUUACCUGCCAUUUUCUAGCCUACAAAUACUGUGAUUACUUUUAGAGAACAGAGCACCUCUGUAACUCCGAGUGGCUUUCGGCUCUUGUCUUGGGCUCACCACCUGGCUGAGCAGACCAGCUACAUCAAUGACAUUAGCCAAACAUCCAGGCAGUGGCUUCACCAGGCCAGCUCUGGUUGUCACCUUCCUCUAGCAAGUGGAAGAGGGCCCACAGAACUCCGGGAGAUUACAAAGGUCACUAUGUGCAUAUUUACCAGUGAAUGGCCCCAGGUGGGCACCACGGGGUGUUCGGAGCAGGCCAAAAGCUGCGAUUGAGUCUUUACAGACACUUGAGACUGACUUUUGUAUGAAUUACUUAAUUGAAACCAAAGAAACUUUUUCUGCACCUACUUCUGCAACAAACAGAACUGUCCCAUUGAAUGAGUAAAUGAUUCCAUCAAUCACUGGAAAUCACCACCAACGGAAAAAGCACGCUAGAAUUAAGAAACAACAAAACCACCGAAGACACACUGUGUUCAAACAGACCUUUUGGGACACUCUUAUUUUUUAUUUUUUUUGGAAGCAGAUUUGAAAGAAAGGGUUGAGACACAAAUCAAAGUACAGAAGAGCCUCAAUGGCUGCUGCUUCAUAUGACAACUCACUUAGUAAUCUUAACGUUGAAGAUUGUCUUUAAUUUGUGCCUAUGCAGUUUUUCAAAAGAACAUGGAAACAGAGCAACAGAAACCUCAACAGCUACAAUACCAAAGAUGAGGAUUCUCACACCUUUUUGUCUCAGUUCAUUACCUUCUUUUGCCUGGCUAAAAUACUUAUAGCAUCAUUGAUCUGUACAAAGGUAAUCGAUUUUGUUUCUUUAAGCAACAAAAGGAAAGGGUCAUUUGUUUGAUUUUAUUGUUUCCUUUUAGUUUUGUUUUAUGGCUUUUUACCCAACAUGGAAUCCCCCCCUACACAUAAGGUUCCAUGGACUCCAAAUUUGAGAUGUCGGGAUAUUUAAAGAUGUUCCUUUCUCUCUUUAGCAGAGCAUGGGAAAUACUAUUGUCGCUUGAAUGUCCGUGGCUUAACCCUUAAACUUGGUUGCUUCUGUGUUCAGUCUCAUCAUUGGGGGAGGGAAGGGGAGCAAGGAUCGGGGGUAGGAGUCUAGGUGAUCCAUCCUUUCCAGAACCAAAGAAUUUAUAGAGAAAUUUACAACCUCAUCUUCAUGUGAUUGCCACAUAUUAACAGGGCUUCAUUUGGGGGUGGGGAAACAUGUAAAAAGAAUUGCCAGUUUCUACUUUUCUAUUAGCUUUUUAAGAAAAAAAGAUCAGCUGUAAAGUUGCAUUUCUAAAGAAAGAUAUAUAUAUAGAUAUAUAUAUUAAAUGUACGAGUACACAUAUAGAUUAACCCUCAUUGGUGAUAACCCAAAAUUUUUGCUGUCCAGCUUUUUGUUUUGUCAUACGCACCAUUUAUUGAGCAUUCAAUUCACAACUGUGUUCAUUUCUCAUGCCGUUCCAGAGUUAAUUAGCCACUGUGGUUGUCUGGCAGUAUACAUAUUUCUAUGUAAGUUUAUGGUAAAAGUUGAAAGUCCAUUUAAGCAUUUCUAUAUGUAACCUGUUGAUGAAUGGAUUCAUGAUGUGAACUUUUAAUUGUAUUUAGUCCUCUCUAUUCUAUGCCUCAACCAUGAUAAGUCAGGUUUAUCCACCAGACUAGCUCAGAGCUGUGCUCCUGACAGUAGGGAACUUCUCCUCUGUCAUCCCUGGGAAUGCUUGGUGAUUCAUUCCUGUCUACUGUGGAACAGAACACCAGAAAUCCAUUUUCCAGUAGAUGCCCUUAUCCAUCAGGGUGCUCUAGAUUUCUCUCAGUGAGUAGAUCCAACAGAGGCUUCUUUGUGGGGAAUUCCAACUUCUAUUGAAAUAGGUCAAUCAGGUCUCCUCAGGGUAGUAAGUACCAGUUUGCACUGACAAGCUUGAGUGCAAUCAUAGAUGGCACUUGGGUAGAACAGGAUUGUUGGGAAAGAUUUCUUAGUCUUGGAGAAAAAACAUACAGCAGACUGUGAGGAGAGUUCCAGAUUCCUGUCCCUGGAGAGCCACAUCAUCUGCCUUGCCUCUUUGUUACCCAGUGUGGGCAGUCCUGUGGAGGGGGCAUCAUAUCUAGAGCUGAGAGAAUGUGACCCUGUGUUAUUUUCGUAAUUUGUCCUAUCUAGGGAGUGGUCCUUUCACUUUCUGCUUGUCCCUUGCUUAUAAUCCAUGGACCAAUGGUCAAAUGACCAAGAAAAAGCUUAUUUCUUCAGAGGCUUGCUCCCAUUUCAGCUGGAUCAGAUGAAUAUUAACUUGGGUCUUACUAAAUGCGUCCUUGUGACUUGUGAACAAUGGGAACAGUGGUUCUGCUUGAAUACAGACUGCAGAACGAAGCAUCUUGCUUUGGUUUGUAACUGACACUAAUUAAGAGCAUUUGGGGCUUUGUAUCCUUGGAAGAUGAUGGCAUGAAGGAAAAAGGCAAGAACUCCCCUCUAGAAACUCUUGAUAAAUGUCUCUUCCAUCUCAGAUCAUAUCAAAGAGAAUACUUGCCUUCAAAAAGUUACUUAUACACACACAUACACAUAAAUGUGUAUGAUAUACACAUAAAUGUGUAUGUGCAUCUAUACACAUAUGUAUCCAAAUUUCAGGCCAUACAAAAUAUCGUUUUGCUAGAGAGAUGAAAGAAAGAGUGGUAUACCGAAAGGUUAUAGAAUUUAAUCCAGUGUCUUUUCUCAAAGCCUUUAUACUUUUUAGUUUAAAUAACAGUUUCAGAGAGAAUAACCACUUGGACUUGGCCAUAGCCUACAGUCUACAUUCUUAAUCUAAAAAAAGUUCAAGGCUUCUGCCACCAUCAGCAACAGUGGGACGCUGUGAGAGAAUAGUUCACAACCAAAUGUCACCUUCAUGGGGUGACAGGAAUCCAAAGCUAUUGAGUGAAAGGUAUAAUUUUCCUUCAGCCUUCCUCUAACUAAGCUUUACUUUUGUUUUCCAUGUGAUUUUAAUAAUGAAGAUUCGAUUCCUUCAUCUUAGAAUUCUUUUAAAAGGAGAGCUAAUAUAUUAAAAGUACAGUGACAAUAAUAAAAUUUAAUUCCAGUAUUUAAAAGAUUUUCCCAUAAUGUAAAAGCAUAUUUGGUUUGUACCACAUAGUGGUACAGGCUAAUCUGAGGCAGGAAGGAAAGAUCAGAGUUGGAUACAUGGUUUCUGUUUUUCCAAAAGCUCUUAGCAGCUCCGGCUUUGGAAAGCCAAUCUUAUUGUCAGUUCAAACUAAAGCAAAACAAAACCUAGGAAGGUAAAUCGAAUACACGAAAGAACACAUGCCCACGCAAAGUUUCCCAAGGCAAGCAGUGAGUUUCAAAGCCAAAUGCUAACAAUUAAAAUCUAAAUAAUCAAACAUUGUCUAUGUUGGGCAUUCGUGUCUUAAUGCCUGAAAACUAAAACUGAAUGAUUUUCAAACAAAUAGUCAGUAGGUACAGAGAGGAACCUUUCCACUAUCAAAAAUGUUAAUGGAUGGGUCUAUUAGCUUGAUAAUAUCAAAAUGUCAUGAAAACACACGUUUGGAGGAAAUGUGUCUUUGGGAGCUUGUCUAAUUGGAAUUUUUCAAAAUCUACAAACAGACUAAGUUCCAAGGUUGUUAAAAAAAAAAAUAGGGUCAUUUAAAACAGGAGAAAGUAGGUGUCUAUGGUUAAUAUGGACCACAUGGUCCAGACACAACUUUGACAAUAUCUUUUCUAGAUUCCUACCCAACCAGGGCUGAUUUUUUACUGUUCUGUUGUUACAGGACAGUAAUGCUCUGAUUCAAACUUGCUAGUCUAACCAAGUGAUUGAGCAGGAAGCAGGUGAAGACGAAGGGAGAGAGCCUCCCUGAUGGCUAUUUGCAAAGCUGGAUAGUUUAACAGUUCUGUGCCGUUGACCGCAGAGACCAGUUGUAAAACAGAAAAGAAAAGAAAAGAAAAAAGUCCCACUUAAGAAGAGCAGUUACCCCAGGUGGUUGCUUGAACUGUGGAUGCCCUAAGUCCUAUUUUUCUAUCAAUGCUUUGGGGUUGUUUUGCAAGGUAAGGGUAGAUGGAUGAUUGAUUUAUCUUAGAAAGUCCCAAGUACUUAAGAAAACAAAACUUAGUCUUAAAAUAACAUAGAAUCAUAUAUAUCACUUAUAUAUGUAUGUAUAUAUAUAUGUAUAUAUAUAUAUAUACAUAUAUAUAUGCAAACCUUUUCAUUAGUGCCCAUGAGUUAUGCUAUAAGUCCACAGGACCUCAAGUGCCCAUUUGAUGUCAAGUUACUCAUAAAUAGUCAUAGGGCAGUGGAAGAUAAGAGUCUGAGCUCUAUCUCUAGGCUCUGAGUUAGGCUGGUUGACAUUACCCAGCUUAUAUAUUUUCUAGUGGGAAAAAAAAUAUACGUAGGGAAAAAGAAUCACCAAAGGCUAGUCAUUCCAUGGGGAUUUUCCACCUGGCUCCAUUUUUAGCAGCAGUCAUUUUACUUGGCAUAGACCUUGUCCUUGUCAGAUAAGUUUGCCUGACAUUUGUACAGUCUGUGAUCUUGAAUGUAUACAGAUCUAGAUACACACUUCAACAUGUAGCCUCACAGUUGACUUUACAUCCACCUACAUUGCCUAGAGGUGUCUAGACUGUGUACACGCAAGUGUGUACAGACGUGCUCAAUACAUAAAUUGUAACCUGUUACAAUAAAUAAAUUUCAAAUCACCAUGCAACAUGUAUGUGAUACUUUGACAAUGUACCUUGUCUUCGUUGUUUCUUGUAAUGCUGAGAACCAAAGUGUAGAGAUGUCAAGCAAAAGCAUCUCGCCAUCUUCAUUCAUCACGAUACUUGAGAUCACUUUCAUUUGGGCGCAGCCACGGCCAACGACUUUAGGCGGGAUGUUGGAUAGUAUUUCACUGUCUGUGUUAGAUGUUUAACGACAACUUUGGUUGAAUAGCUUUAUUCUGGAUCUCUCAUAACUAAAGCUAAAUCCAAAGACCUUAAAAAGAACCAAAAAAAGGGUGGGGGGAGAUGAGGGGUUAUGCAGAGUACAGUGCAAACCAGUGGCAGAAAGCGGGGUCAGGUUUCCAGGGUUGAAAGAACAAAGGUGUGGUCUUGUGGAGGUUCUGUUAGAUAGUGUGUGUUGAGGGGAGGGGUGAUGAUUUUUCCUCCACGUUUGUCACAUCAAAGUGGUCUCUAAUGCGAUAAAGCUUUAGAAGUUAUAUUAUAUACUUUGCUGCUUUGGUUUAAUCUUAGACUUUAGAAUAAAAUGACCCAUUUUGUCUACCAAAAAUAAAAAAAAUAAAAAAUAGAAGACCACUCCCUUCCUACCCCUCAGCUAUAUUUUAAUGUUUCUCUUUCAGUUGUGACCCAACAAGGUGUUAAUAUGAUUAAUUUAUUUAAAUGAGUUUCUUGUAUGUUAGCAUGUAGGAUUCAGAUAAUUAUUUAAUUCUCCUUCCUUAAUUUGAUUUUACUCCUUGUUCUUAUUUAUAAAAAUCUAGAGCAGUGGUGCAUCUGAGAUGCGAAGCCCUGGCUGCUAUACAAGUCUAGUGUAGUGCGCUUCACAAAGCAGUGAACUUCUGUUACAGGGAAGAAAUGUAGGUUACAAUGAAAACGAAAUACAAUCUGGGUGUAGUUCCCUUCUUGGACUAACUUAUAAAAUGGUUUAAUAGUUAUUAAAUUAUUUAAUUUAAGUUCACAGCCCCACCUGGUACCAGGCAAAUUUCACCUCUUAAUUACCGGGGCCCUCAGAGCCUUUCUAUUGUAACUUAUUUAUUUAACUUAUUCAGCAUCUGGGACAGAUGCGCUGUAUAGUUUGUGUUUGUUAUUUAAAACAACAGAGAGCACUGCGGUUUGUUUGCUGUCAGAACAACAGAGCAGAUUUGUGGACAAGCAGUGACUGAUCAGCCUGAACCUGCUUCAGAACUCGAGCUGAGAUCCAACAUCACCAGCCCGGAUUUUGGGGGCUUCUAUAACGGAAACUGGAAAAAAAAUAAAAAUAAAUAAAUAAGAAAUCAUAAACCAAAAAGAGAGAACCCUUAUACUAGCUGCUUCCAAGAAAGAACUCAGUGUGCGUGUAAAGCAACAAAACAAAAAAGGGAAAAAAGCAGAAAAAAAAAGAAAAAAAAAAAAAAAAGAACUGGAAAAACUUUCUAUUUGUAGUGAGAACCAAAGAAGGCUACCUCACUGACUUUUUCCAUUUGUAAUUUUAAUCGUGUUGACGACACCAAAGAUACCAAAGAUUCCUUUCUCUGUGCGGUCUGCAUUUCGCUUGUGCUCUGUUAUGAUUUGAGCUCUUCUUUCUGACGUAUGGUAUGGACAGCCACAGCUCAGACUCCCCAAAGAAACAACGAUGUGUGCGGACGAAGGCGGCUGCUAACCUAGAAAGGGAUAUUUUCUGUGUCUCUUGCUUCUGUCUGCUGCCCCCUCCCUCAUGUUCAGCAUGCCAGUUGGGACACUGCUGUCACUGGGUUCUUUCAAGUUCCCAUUCCAAUUUGGUGGAGAACACUGCUUGGAAAUGGUUUGCAGUCCUAGCCCCGCUCCCUCCCCAUCUGUGCCCUGGAGCUAUCACAUGGAAAAGUGCCCCAGGCUACUGCAACUACAGGAAUAAGCAUUGGGUAGGAAAGCUGAAAGGGACCCUAGGACCCAUUUGGUUACCCCACUGGGACCCAGGUCAAAGUAGUUAUCUGAGUCUAGGAAGUAGUGACCCUUUAGCAACGGACAGAAGCUGUAGUCUAUGGAUUAAUAUUUUCAUCCUUCUAGGAAUAAGCUUCACACACCCACACCCUAAAUUAUGUAUCCAGAGUCAUGUAUGAUCCUUGCUUAGUAAGGUGGCCAGCCUUGACAUUCUAGGGCUCAUUCAGGGGUUCUACUCUGGGAAGCAUAUUGACUCAAACAGUAGUACGACUUGGGAAUGCACCCAUUACAACAUUUGGAAUAAAUAACCUUGCAGUUGGUGGGAGGAGGAAGCCCAACCCUGUGACCUAUUGAGUUGAAUUACUAUGGCUACUCUAAAGUCAGCAUGUAUCAAGAGGAAUACUUGACUAUCAUUUUUGAUAGGCGAUUCCAGCUGUCAGCUUUUUAUUUUAUUUAUUUAUUUAUUUUUACUUAACAGUCCUCAUUUCAUUUCUAAGUCAAUUCUAUCUACAAGAGAAAUGCAAUAAGCCUUUAUUGUUGUUUGAUGCUAAAGCAUAUUCCUUGCAAAUGAAAAAUAUCCAAAAUAUCAGACAAAUGGAUAUAUAAGGAUAUAUAAGUUUAAAUCAUGGUUAAAGUUACUUCUCUCUUUUUUCCCUUAUCAAAAAUUAAGUGUUCUUCUUUAAGUUUUUUUUUUUUUUUUUUAGAGUCUAUGACUAAAUCAUUAUUAGGAUCACUCACAGAAGUGAUGAGAACAUUAGCCAGUGAAUCUUUUUUAGCUUUCGGUCAAGUGGGAAUUAGCUACACACUGAUUCCUAUCUCUACUCUCCAGAGCUCUUUACUGAACACAGCAUUUUUCCAUUUCACAUGGUAGUUAUCAAUGAGCAUUUAAAGAGGCUCUUCGAUAAAGCUAAGAAGGGAAGAUCAAUUUACCCCUCCGUUCCACACACCAACAGAGUGUAGCCAGUAGAGGAAUUUACAACAGACUUACAGACUAUGAAACAUACACCAUUUCACCUCUCUUUUCCUUCCUUCUCUUAAAAAAAAAAAAAAAAAAAAAAAAAGGCAUUGUCUUAUGUGUUCCAAGGCAGCUUUAAACUCACUGUGUUAAAGGAUGGCUUUGAACUCCCAAUCCUUCAGCCUCUAUGUACUUAGUGGUAGGCUUACAGCUGUGAGCCACCAUGUCCAGCCAGUUAUCUUCUUUCUGACAUUUGCAAGCUCCAUGUUGGCAUCUGUGAAAGUUCUCUUCUACCUGGAUAGCCCUCCUUAUAUACGUGCUCCCUACACAAGGCAAACCUGCAAAGCUUUUCUUUCCAAGCAGCUGAUCACCAGAUUCCUAUUGAUAAUAAAAAUUCCCAGAACACCUGGGUGACCAGAAACUCAACCAAGCCAGCAGUGUAAUUCCCCAUAAGCAACAUCACCUUCCCCAGCCUUCUGACUACUGAGCCCCUAGGAGGGAGGACCUAGAAAGAGCAAUGGCAGCCUGAACACAGAAAAUAUCUCCAUUAGCAGACCCCUCUUCCAGCGACAACCCCCCCAAGCCUCAUGCUUCACUUGCAAAGUGUGACAUUACCACGGGACGAGUGCCUUGCUUGAACCAAAGCAACGAUUUAGCCAGUCUGGACCUCUCUGUGCUUUUCUUAAUCCUUCCUGUGAAUACCUCAGCUUCAACUGGGCCUCCAAACAGUACAUUGGUAGGCUUACUGUACAGUGGUGCUUCGCAACGCAUCCCUGCAAAGAGCAAGAUUUGUACUAUAAUACCAAAGGUUCUUUCUCUACGUCUCUUCCUUCUGCCUUCCCACUGUCCCCUUUUCUAGUCCCUCACGGUUCCAAAGCUUUAAUAUGAACCUGGGCAUGUUGGCAAUGCAGACCGCGCAAUUCCUUACCGAAUUUUCUCAGAUAUACCUCAUAGAUAAUAGUGUUUAGAGUAAUGUUAUUAUAGCGUAUGUAAUAAAUUAUUCACUGUUUCUUUUGGUAACUGUGAUUUAAAAAAAGAAAAAAAGGACAAAAAAAAAGCUUUAUACAGUUUAGGUUGUGCUUUUGUAAUAGAUGAAAAUGUGCGCUUAAAAAAAAAAAAAGAAACAUAUGUUCUUUUUAUUUUUCUUCCCCCCCCCCUUGGAUUUUAUUUAUUCUGGAUUGGGGAAAGUUGCAGAAUGAGCCCAAAGUUUACAGUUUCAUAUUUUGCUGAAGAAACAAUCUGUGUUCAUUUGCUCUGUUGAAAAAAAAAAAAGAGUUAUUUUCUACAUUUGUGCUAAUUGUUCUGUGUUAACAGUGUAGUAUUAUAAUUAGCAACUGCCAAUCAGUGCUAUAAUUUUAUGCAUGAGGCUAAAAACUUAGCAGUGUGAUGCAUUGUGGUCUUACUAGCGACAUUUUUCAUUUUGUACUAGAUCCUUCCCUUUGGUUCAACAGACAUUAUUUAUGCAUGGGUGCCUAUCGUUUGUUAGCAGUCGUGAACAGUUGUGUAUACAUUAAACUGUGAAAAAUGUACACAGUUCGGCCUCACACAGUGAUAAUAUCGGUUUUCUUGGGAAAUGUAUUACCUUGGAAAAUACCUUCACAUCUGUUGGGAUUUCAACAUGAGUCAGAUCGAAUCGGGUUUGAAUUAUGAUGAGAAAGGUCAUCCAAGUUGGAGUUAGGCCACUAGAACCCCACAGCUGGGGAGCCUCAUAACCCUGAUCCAUCACCAUAGCUGAGCAAGCUAGAAAUGAGUGGGAGAGAGCAGCUCCUUCUGCAUUUUUUUUUAAUUUCCACUAAAGGGAAUCCUAGCUUUAUGUUCAUUAGUUCAGACCUCUUGGGCCAUGUAUUCAAUAAAGUUAGUUCAUCUAGGCCUCACUUUUAUGGAUCUUUCCCUUGGGAAUUAGGUUCUGUUGUCAGUUCUCAGUUGAAAUGCACAGAGCACUGAUAUCAAUGAUCCAUCCCUGGCCCAUUUGUACACUCUCACAGAUAACCCCACCAGUUAUUUGGACAAAAAUAUGUGGUCAUUCCCUAAACUUUCACUCAUGUGGCCUAUCAUACUUUUCCUCCUUAGGGUCAGAAAUGACUCUAGAUUGCUCCUUACAAAGCUAUGUCUAUAUUCCAAGGGAGAGUAUAAGGGUUUUGGGUUUUUGUUGUUGUUGUUGUUGUUGCUGGUGGUGGUGGUGGUUUUUUUUUUAAGACCAAUUCACCAAAACCAUCUUGUUUGAAUCCCCCAGUCUUUGAGGUCUCUCUAUCUCAAAAAGCAUUUCUCAGUUCCAGUGGAUUGGGCAAACAUAAUCUUAUGAUUGGGUUCUGAGAUCCGUUCUUGAGCUUCAUACCUAUUUCCUAUACCAGAAUGCUCCUCGUAAAACCAAAUCAGCUGCCCGGUUCUGCACUUCUUGCAGAAGAGAAUGGAGAUUAGGGGUAAUGGUGGAGACACCAGUCUGUCAUGCAGAAUUCUGGAAAUCACCAACAGACAACACAGCAUCACUCGCGUGUGUAAGUGAGGACGCUGGAGACGUCCGUUCAUUGAUGACGCAAAGGAAUGCACGGCCUUAUAAGUAGGUUGUGAUAAUGACAGCUUUGUAAUGUAGUCUUUUUUUUUCUCCUUAUAUUAAUCUGCCAAAGAUGAGAAUGGAUACAAGAACUUUAAGAUCAGCUUUUGUAAGCCAGCUUUUGAUUGUAAUAGUGUUUAAUCUUCCAGAAAGCUUUUACAUAUUCUUCUGCAAUAAGUCGUCACUAUUUAUUUGUAUAAGUUCUCCUUAUAUUCCCAAGCCUUCAAACGGUUCCUCUUGAUGCAGAUGUGAUAAUACCUACAAUGUUCUAAUGUACUUUUGAUCCAAAGCAGACGAAAGGGUGUGUGAGGCAGGAGCAUGCCUGGCCCUUCUUACAGCGAGCGACACCGGGGUCUGGCUCACUAGAAUUUGCCAAGAAGACUUGUCUUAUGAAAUUCGAGGUAUAUUUUGUUAUGCUGUUUUAUUUCCUUUUUAAAAAAAACUGUGGAAAGUGAUACGUUGAAUCAAGUGUAAGCUGAGUUUUCCAGACAACUAAAGUAGCUCCAUUGUGAAUGUUAUUUUGUUAUUAAAGGGUUUUUACUCAAUCUCUGUGCCAAUGAAUGUCCUUUUCCUUGGAAACACAAGAACCUUGAAAUUCCCUCUACUUGACCGGGAUUUUCCUCCUUCAGAGGUGUGUGGACCUUGCUUGGGAAAUAAAUGAUAAUGCCUGGGCUUAGAAAGUAGGUUUGGGGCACUAGGAAGAGAUCUCCAUGUCUUUCAGUUAGCUUUAAAGAGAGCUGGUCCCACAUUUUCCAGCCUCAAUCUCUUAGGACCCCAACACUUCUCUAAGAACCCAUGAGCAAAUGCCAGCAUGAAGGCAGAUAGAUCCUAAUUCAUACAGUAAAGGGCAUGGCGGGAACUUGGUAAUCUUGUAUGUCCGAGUUCUUCACUCAAGGACAUUCUUCCAUCUUGAUUCCUGUAAGGAUUUCAGUUACUCACCAAAGCCAGAAAGGAGAGACUCUUACAAGAUCCAGUAGUGUUCCCAGCCACCCUUUCCCUAUCUUUUACCUAUUAUCUGCAUACAUUUACAUCUAUGAACUUUGAAGCAACCCCUUGAGAAUCAAAGGCAUGGUUUCCUAGUAUUUUAUUCCUAAGUGAUUUUAGCUUCAUGGUUCUUAGAUGGGAAAAAAGACGGGAGAAAAAGAUUAGUUGUCUUCUUGUAUCUCAGCAGGGCCAGACAGGUCACCCUGGCUGUUGAUCGUGUUUAGGCUUGAACCACAGCUGCCGAACCUUCCAAAAACAUGGCCCACUAAUGCCUAUUUUUUCUUUUUCUGCUUGAAAGUCCUUUUCGAAAAGUUAUAGAACUUGGCUUAGUCUCCCAUUUCCCUUCCUUUGGCUCCAUCUGGCAGCUUAGUCUCCAGUCCCAGUUCUUUUUUUCAGAUAAAGUCAGGGAGUCCGCUAUUUGAGGAGAAAGGUUAAGGAUGCACAGGCCACAGAGCUAACAGUCUCAUAAUUAGAAUAUACUUCCUUAAAUGUAAAAUACAACACCCCACCACCACCACCACCACCUUGAGUCACUCAAGGCCAAACAGUAUGACCCAGUAGCUAGCUCAUCAUGAAAGACUAAGCACUUGGCUCUCCCUGGACUUCCCAAAACAAGAAUACAAGUGUCUGGGUGGUGAUGUGAAGUAAGCGCUACUGAAAUUUGGAGCCAAGGGCUGAUAGGAUGCAGCAGCAACUUCUUGGGAUGCUUUGCAUCCUCAUUUCCAAACAGCAUAUCUUUUCUUUCUCCUCUCAGUCUCUUGAACCUUUCAGUCUCUCCUCUACAAACCCACGAUACCAAAGAAUCUCAUGGGCCAGGGGAAUCAGGAACUGACUAGCUUUCUAGUGACUUCUCUUCUGCAGCCUUGGCUUUUCUCAAAGAAAAAUGUUCCAAUGGAUUAUGGAUAAAGAUCCUGGCCUUUCCCUACUCUAGCCAUUCCUCCUCCUUGGAAUAUUUCUACUAGGUCUGUGCUUUACUAGCAGAGAUCUGCAGAAUCUUUCUUGCCCAGCGAAUUCUUACUGCAAAAACAGAAGUAAAAACGAGUUCCAAUAUAUUUCCUUUUGUCCUCAUGACCCAGCUCUCACAUGAGGCCUUGGCCUCAGAUAUGUUUAUUUUUGAUUUAAAAAAAAAAACACUAUUUAAUUUUACAUGGUAGCCUAUAUGGCUUUGAGCCUUCCUUCUAGUCUUUUGAUUGAUUGCCUUAUGGUGGUAUUUAAAAGUGACUAUUGUGAGAAAAAGGAGGAAGUAGAGAGAGAAUUUGCCCACACCUCUUUUUUAAAGUUUGAAAAUGGAAGAGACCUAUGAUGUCACAGGGGGCGUGGCAGGGGUGGGGCUGUGGAGUCUGAGACCGCCUGCUACAGACUUGGCUCUUUCCUGCCCUGGGUGGUGGAUCCAGGACUCUAAUCCUUUAGCGGAAACCCAACUCCUUGUCGUAGAUUUUCAGCCAAAUUUAGGGCUGGCCAAGAGACCCAGAUCAUACACACAUCUCUUGUUUUGUCUAUUUGCCUUUAUGGGUAUUAUCUUUAGGAAAUUGGAGGUGGGGGACUUUAUUUUAGUCAAACCCUUGUAAGUCCUUAUAUUCAAUCCCUCUUGUGUUGAAAAGCAGGAAAACACACUGCUUUGAAAAAUAAGUAAAUAAAUAAAUAAAUAAAUAAGCCCCAAUACUGAUCCACGGUCUUCCUUUCACCCUCUUAUGUUUCCAAGCACAUUACACCCAGAUUUUACCCCAUCUCAGAUACACUAAGUCACACUGAGCUGAAAGAUUUUCCAGGGAUAAUCAACAGGAUAUAUAUUCUGUGGCUGCCCUGAAGUCCUGGUAGGAGUGAAGGUCACGCUUCAUUAUUGAGAGGUUGCUCAGCCCUCAUAAGCUCCCAGUCCUUUCUUUUGGGAAGAUUUCUUUGUUGACUGCAUUUUUGUGAUGGCUCAUUUCCCACCCUGACAUUUGGUCUGCAAUGCAGCUUACACUGGAUUCUUUCUAUUUUUAUCCCUAUCAUUAAAUGGUAGUGCUGUAAAUUCUACAAUUAAUGUCAAAUAAACUGCUUUAAUUCAUC